AUGCUAUCCGUAACCCUAGACUCAUGCUUCAAUCUGCAAAACGACAAAAAGAACAAUUCUCUCUAUCGUUCAGUAGAUUAUGCUUCAAUAUUAUCAGCACUUUCGAGUUCAGUAGAUUAUGCUUCAAUAUUAUAUGAUUCAUCAGCUUCACGAGCACUUUCGACAUCUACCUGCGAUGGAGACAUCCCAAUGGAUUAUCUAAUCCGAGAUGUGUUGAAUAAGUCUCGCAUGUUGGGUACUUGUAAUGGUUUGAUUUGCAUGGCUUUAAAUUCGUCGGACGAUGUUUUUAUUUGGAACCCUACAACCGGUGAAUAUAAGAAAGUGCAAAGCCCGUUUCCCACAGCCCUCUGUCACUCUAAUCGAUAUGGGUUUUAUUACGAUAGUAUUGUCCAUGAUUACAAGUUGGUAAGGAUCAUUGACAAUAAUGAUCAUUUUCUAGUUGAUGUCUUUACAAUAAGUUCUAGGUCAUUGAAAAAAAUUCAAAGCAUAAACCAUUACAAGUAUCCUGUUUUUCGUGAUGAGCACAUGAUUCUUUUUAGAAGACAUAUUUCUGCUUUCUUCUUGAAUGGAGCUCUUCAUUGGUUAGGCGUCAACACCCACAUAAAACCUGGUUCUUUGACCAGAGUUAUAGUCUCUUUCGAUGUUGGUAGUGAGAGAUUUGUAGAUAUCUUAUUUCCGGAAGACGCAGAAAUAACCAAUAGGGAUCGGGUAAUUGACUAUGUUGGAGUAUUGGAAGACUGUCUUUCUUUAUGUACUUAUCAUAUUCAUAUUCAUCGGAUUGAUAUAUGGUUGAUGCAAGAAUAUGGAGUGACAGAAUCUUGGACUAAACGAUUCAGUUUUAGAACCUACGACAUAUUUAUCGAUAUCUAUCGGUUGAAACCACUGUGGUCUUUUACAAAUGGUGAGCUGCUAAUCGUCACAAAUGGAGAGGACAAACUGUCAUACGACCCUAAAAAUGAUAGUCUUAGAGUCUUUGAAAUUCGUAAUGGUAACCCUGGUAGCAACUGUGGCUCUUAA